AUGGAGGAAAAUUACUGUCCUUGUGCAGUGACUGAAGGCCUGGGGCAUUGCAGGAGAAGUAUAAAAAAGGGCCCUUCUCACUCUCUCAUUCACUCCUCUCACCUCCAUCUCCUUGAGAACAAGGUGCAUCUGCAGCCCCAAGACAUGUCCUGCUACACCCCGUGCCGGCCCUGCCAGCCCUGCGGCCCCACCCCGCUGGCCAACAGCUGCAACGAGCCCUGUGUCAGGCAGUGCCAGGACUCCACCGUGGCCAUCCAGCCCUCGCCCGUGGUGGUGACCCUGCCCGGCCCCAUCCUCAGCUCCUUCCCACAGAACACCGCCGUGGGAUCCUCCACCUCGGCUGCUGUUGGCAGCAUCCUCAGCUCUCAGGGAGUGCCCAUCAACUCUGGGGGCUUUGGCCUCUCGGGCUUGGGCAGUGGCCUCUGUGGCACGAGGUGCCUCCCCUGCUGAAGCUGCUCCCUGCACUGUGGCCUCCACCUGGAUCCCCCUCUUUUCCCUCUUUUGACUCAUUAAA